AUGGGAAGGGAUAGUCUUAAAAUUGAACCAAGAUCUGGAGGUCCUGCAACUUUUACAAUUGAAGAAAAAGUUGAUCGUGUUCACCACAUGGUGAUGGAUGUUAGGCGAUUGAGUAUAAAUCAAAUAUCCAAUGCGAUUUGCAUAUCCCGUGAGGAAGUUGAGAACAUUUUGCUCAGUGGACUUGGCAAGACGAAGGUUUCUGCGCAGUGGGUAUCACAUCUGACACCUUAUCAAAAGCUCACUAGGCCUAUUACAUCACGAGAAAAUCUGACAGCUGGUUUCCUUGAGCGUUUACUAACCCCAAAUGAGUGA